AGGCUCAAAACAUACCUAUAUCUAUAAUUUUAGUCGAAAAACACAUCCCAUAUUUUUGGCACAGCCCAAUAUACCCGUAUAUAGGAAAGUAUCCCCGGGGCCUUGCGACUUUUAAGGGACCCAUGAGACCAGGUCGAAAUAUUGUUUUCAUAUUAUUUCUUUCUGGAUAAAUAGGUGAAUACGUUAAUAUACAGCCUAAAGUGAUUGUUUUCUUAAAUUUGUAAUAUAGUAAUUAUAAUGUCCUAUUGGCAUUUCGGUAUUAUCAUGUCAAUACGGUAUUAUUAUGAAAGUGUAUACCUUUUAUGCUAUUAAAGUACAUUGUCACAUUGUAUGCAUUGCCAGCCUUGGCACUGGUUGGCUAAUUUAAACGUUAUAGUAGGCACUAGGCCGCCUAGGGACCGGUUACAGGGCCCAAAAAGUUGCUCAGCCUAUGGACCUCCCCGGUGCCAAUCCGACACUGCAUAUACAUAAGCUAUCAAAACGUUAAUAUAAUGUAAUGUUAAUGUAAUGCCCUGUAAAUUCAUUGAACAGUAAAUAUAACUAAUAGUCAACAAGGUGUUGAAAAAAGUCAGCGACGUUGACGCUACUUAAACGCACCUCUCCACCCUGCGGGCAUUAACGCGGAAGUAUUUCAAAUACAUAUACUUGUUUGAACUACGCAUAUCGGAAAAGUUGGUAUUUUAUCGAUCUUAAUGACAAAUUAUGUAUUUGAAUACGCGUUGUUGUUUUAGGAAAUUGAGAAAUUCUAAACGUGAUACGGUACAAUAAAUAGUUUGGAUAUUACUAAAUUAUCAUUAUUAAAGUAAGUUCUAAAGAAUUUAGAGUAUUCAAGUGCGCUUGCUACGAAAUAAGUGUUUCAUCAAAAGAUGGCAGAGAUAUGGGCAAUCUUCGGACUUCCAUGGAUUAUAUUUAUCUGGUUAUUUUCUUCACCAGUGUGUGAGUGUCGACAUCUAACGAAUGUCAUUUCGGACGCCGCAACAAAACGCGAUCGAACGAUGACCAUUGUCCAACAAACGCCCUCCACUGUUUUAGGUCUGGACGCUGGCCGGAAGAGCGAUGGCAGUCACGCGAGCAACUCGGUUAAUGUGCAUGCGGAUAUUCAACAAGAUGAGAUACACGGAAUUAAAGCUGAAGUAACGCAUAAAGAAGAAAAUGGACAUUUGACAGACGACUACGUACCGACAGAAGAGUCUUUUUUGCCACAUCCGGGCAUCAAUACAAUGACGUCACACGAGGCAUUAGUGAAACAUCCAGACAGCUUCACCGCUGUAAGUAACGUACAAAGUGGACGAAAGUUAGUCGAACCGCAUCACGGUGGGGCAGAGAAUGAAGAAACAAAUGAAGAAAACGCAAUCAAUGUAAUGACAACACAUAGUGAAAACACUGAGACCGUAAUGCUCGAAAUGGGACAACAUAAAGAAAUAAAAGACAUCACUUCAACUGUAUUGGAACCACAUACAGCCACAGCACCGCGCGUUGUACAACCACAAACAGUGGGGAGUAGCUCCUUGGAACCUUCACUUAUUUCUCAACAGGAGGCGGUUACAAACUCGCACCCCAAAACAGCGCUAGAAGAGAAAGGCCAUGCCACGAGCGAGAAAACUACAUCCGAGACUGUUGGAAAUGGCACAAAACCGUUCCAUGUUUUAGAAAAGAAUGGAUACAUGUACUACUAUUAUUAUGACGCAGAGCUCGACAAAAGCGAUACUCUAGACGCAGUGCCGGAUGUUGAUGGUGACCGCUCCCAGGCUGGGAGCGUAAGUCGCAAUGUAACUUCCGAUACUAAAACGCAAGGCAAUUCUUUAGCUUCCCAUGGGAGCGUCAACCCAUCAAAUAACUCACAUGAUCAAAUGUCAAUUACCGGUAAGGAACCCGCGUCAGGAAGCAACAUUCGUGGUACGACCUCUUCAACCACCGGUAUUAACACGCCGAUUGAUAACGUACGCGACCAUUCUUUUGAAACCAAUAGUAACCACGUUCCAGCGAGUAACCCACAAAGCCAGCCACCUGUAACAAAUAGUAACCACAAUCCAGUAAGUAACCAGCAUGGUCAGCCACCAGCAACCAAUGGUAACCAGGCUGCGGUUAAUAGCCCACUUGGCCAGCCACAUAUGACAAAUAGUAACCAUGCUACGAAUAAUAAUCCACACAACCAGCAACCUGUCACCAAUGGUAACCAUUUUCCUGUUAAUAACCCACUCAGCCAGCCACCUGUAACCAAUGGUAACCGCAUUCCGAUUAAUAACCCAACCAGCCCGCCACCUGAAUCAAAUGCUCAAAAUGCUCUGGUUAAUAAUCCACAAAACCAGCAACCUGUAACCAAUGGUAAUCACGUUCCGGCUAGCAACCCACACAACAAGCCACCCGUAACCAAUGGUAACCAUGCGCCAGUCAAUAACCCAAAUGGCCUGACGCUUUUAACCAAUGGUAAUAACCCUUCGGUUAACAACAACCAACAGAACCAACCACGUAUCAACAACACAUCAAUAAUAAUCCCUAAAAAUCCGACAAGCAAUCCCAUUGAUAAACCGGUCAUACCUACGGCGUCGCUAGCAACCGAGGACAACCUUCCGCCGCCAAGAAGCACAGAGCGUGUAUUGAUCGCUGACUUGAACAAACGCGAUACAAACAAAGCGCACGCGGCUGGAGCUGCCAGUGGAGGAAGCGGCGGUCAGACGGCGCCAGGAAACUGGGGUCCUGACGUCAACAUUGAGAGUACCAUCGAUGACGAGGUGAAUAAGCUGCGGCAGUUGGAGAACGCCGGGCGAACACCCGAAGACGUGGAGCCUUUGAACAUCUUUCAGCAUGAUAUUACCUACCAACGCUUCCCGAAACCAAUGAGCCUUACUGUAUUUAAGCAUAAGGUGAUCGGUCGCAAAUUCCGGAAGCUGUACAUACUGGAGCAGGGUCCAACGAAGCUAUUCCAGCACGUGCGCCAACUUGAGGCCGCCUACACGUUGGAGGACGACACGCUAUACGUCAACUUGCUAUUUCGGUUCAUAUUUUCCCGCGAGUGCCAGGAAAUCUCCCGGUUCAAACUCGGCACGCUGGUUGGAAACAAGGACCAAGCGUUGUUUGAAAAGGAAGCAAAAGACGGCCAGACGGAGCGGGUUGUGUUUUUCACGGAGCGGCCGGAUGACUACGUAUACGUUAUGUCCUGCACUGACAACAACAUCUCCCCGUACGCGUGCCGGAACUCGUAUUACAUCUCCCUGGACUCCCUGCACGACCCGCCCAAUCAAUUUCCCUGGGGAAUAGCGGCGACCGAGCUGAAAGCAAAGAUGGAUCUGACGUUCGAAGACAAGAGAUUUAUAUUCAACUUCGUACUAACACCUUGCGCCCGACCUUGAGAAUGUCACGAUGGUCGAAAUCACGCAUGCGCAUUGAGUCAUUGCCAUAAAUUCAUCUUGAACGAAGAUGUGCAAUGUAAAGCCGCACACCUGAACAGUUGUUAUUCUUAUUAAUAAAGUUGGCGACUCAUAAAACUUUGUUGUUUAUAUGCUAAAUUAAUAAAGAGAUUGUCGAGUA